GCCCAUUAUAAAAAUAACCCUCUGCACAAGUCAUUCAUUCUCUCUCAGUCUCACCUUCUCUCUUCUCUCCUUUCUCUCCUCUUUAGGUCAACCAAAGGCAUAAAAAGAACCGACUUCCUUCAUUUUACUCUAAGCAAGACACCUUCCUGUUCUUGUUCCAAAGACUGCUUUGUCAGUCCAAAGACAGAGCACCUCUCUUUUGUAGAUUGUGUAUGACUUUUGAAUGAUGUCAGGAGAGGUCGGUAGUGGGACCACCUCAGCCAAUGCAAGCACCCAGUCCACUCCCACUCCGCCCAACAUCGGUAGGAGGGGCCGAAGACUGAGAAAAUGUGCCACGCCCAUAAAAUCUGCCAAGAAAGACGAGAGAGGGACGUUCCCACAGACUGGCAGCCUUUCCCUCGUCCUCCCUCCGGGGACUAACUCGUCAAAUUCGGACGUUAUCACUCCCUCUUCAUCAACAGCGACCACGCCUGCUAAAAUCGAAAAUGAAACCAAGGCCACGCCUAUUCGUGCUCCUCUCCCAUCACCGUCGACCCUACCCGGUACAUCAAACCUCAUUAAAAAGAGAAAGAGGAUACCCUAUACUCUUGUUGAAGCUACUAAAGGAAUUCGCUGUCCUACUUCUGGUUGUUAUGGCCUAGGCCACGUCACUGGUCUGUAUGCCAUGCACUAUGCUGUGUCUGGAUGCCCUAUCGCUGCUCAGGCAAAGAAAGAACUAGAAAAGGAUGUCAUCAAGCCGCCACGCCCGCCCCCGCCCCAUCCAAGCUUCAGGAAAAAGAAAAGACGGUUCCGAUCCUACAAGAAGAAAGUUCCUGCACAAAAUGGAGCAUCUAAGACUGGAGUGACUCCUCCUAUUAAUGAGCCACACGCCAUCGGAGAGACAGAGACAUUGUCAAAAGCACCUACCACUCGAUUAUCAUCUUCAAAACAGACUGAUUCUAACCCUCAGAGCUCGUCCGUGAAACCACCUUCGUCUGCUGAGAGCACGAGUAAGGACAGCUCGGUUAAAAAGAGGAAGAGAAUACCGUAUACACUAGUUGAAGCAGUUAAGGGUAACCGCUGCCCUACUCCUGGUUGUGGUGGCAUAGGUCACAUCACUGGACUUUAUAGCAUGCACUAUGCUGUCUCUGGCUGUCCAUUGGCUCAUGGUAAAACACCAGAGGAAUGCAAAUCGCGUAGGGAUGAGUUGAACAAGAGUCGUGCUCAAGCUAGUCAGACUUUAGAGUCAGAGUCUGCUUUGUCUCCUCCUCCAAGGAAAAACCCUCGUCUUAUGGCUUCAAGAAACCUCUCGGCUACUCUCGACAGUGUAGCCAUUGGGGAUCCCUUACCUCCUAAUAAUACUCCUAGUUUUAAGACCCUCCCACCUAAUGAUAACAAGAAGCGCUUUAGGAUGCCCGAGUAUUACUUUAGGCCGGAGCCAAAGCUUGAAGGACUCACGUCAUCUCAGGACCUUCAGCUGUUUCGUGAAGCUCAGGCCAAAAUGAGAGAACAACUGGGCACAGAUGUAGAAGGGAAGCAUACUGACUAUAAACUAUCAAAGAUUAUUUUUGGCUGCUAUGAGAUUGAUACGUGGUACUCUUCUCCCUACCCACCAGAAUACACUGAACUGUCUCAGAUAUACGUGUGUGAGUUUUGUCUCAGAUAUUACAAGACGGUCGUGACUUAUAACAAUCACACUUCAUGUUGUGUCCAGAGGAGGCCUCCAGGUAGAGAGAUCUAUCGGAAGAACACUCUCUCCGUUUUCGAAGUCGACGGAGAAAAUCAUAAAGAGUACAGCCAGAAUCUCUGCCUCUUGGCAAAGCUGUUUCUUGACCACAAGACGCUAUACUUUAACGUGGAGCCUUUCCUCUUUUACAUUGUCACACGCUAUGAUGACACCGGCUGUCACAUAGUUGGAUACUUUUCAAAGGAGAAGCAUUCGCCUCAAGGAUUCAAUGUCUCGUGUAUACUAGUGAUGCCACCUCACAUGAGACGUGGGUACGGUCACCUCCUCAUUGAUUUCAGUUACCUAUUAACUAGGCACCAAGAGAAGGUCGGGUCGCCAGAGCGUCCCCUCUCAGACCUGGGGCUUCUCUGCUAUCGGAGUUACUGGAAGGAUAAAGUUUUAAGUUAUCUAACGAAACACAACUCACAGAGUAUAUCAAUGAAAGAGAUAAGUCUUGAGACUGGCAUCAGUGCUGAUGAUCUCAUCAGUAGUCUACAAUAUUAUCGCAUUUUAAAAUAUUGGAAAGGAAAGCACAUCAUCAUAAAGAAGAAGGAAUUGCUAGAGGAACAUUCUUGUAAAGUUGAGAGACACAAGUCGAGUGAUCUUACGAUUGAUGCAUCUUGUUUGAAAUGGAUGCCAACCACUUACCCUGUAUACCCUUAGCUCACCUCUCAUCACUACAAGAGUGGAUUUUAUUCUAUUGCUUUGUUAAUGUAUGGAGAUGUGUGUACACAUCAAGACGCUUCUUUUAUCUGUUUUGUAUGUUCUCUGGAUGUGUAGUGUGUCGUUUAGUGUAGAGACAAACUUAAAUAUCAAGAUCAUUUUUUUAUCAAUAA